CCCCGUACGAAACCCCGCCCAGGUAGCGCCCAUUCAGCCGACACUGCCGCUGCACACAUGGCUAGCUGUUAGCUUAAGACUUUUUAGGACAUUGUGAUAGUAGUCGGAACCCAGAGAGCAUUAACUUCAACGCCGACCACUUUUUAAAACUGAGGGCCUGACCUUAAAUCCGGGAUGUGCUCGGUCGUCGGCUGUGAUUCAGGCCGUCGCGGUGCGCAAAGGUUCAAGUUACCGGAGGAUCCGGAGAGGAGACUGGAGUGGGUCCAGUUCCUCUUCGAAGUCAACGGGCAGCGACUCAAAGAAUCGUGCUGGACUGAUAUCACAAUUUGUCUUGAACACUUUACUGAUGGUUGUUUUGUAAAUCCGAGUCUGACUGGCACGGUCCAACUAAAGUGUAGCGCUGUCCCAUCCCUGUGUAUCAAGUCUGAGCAUGAGGAGCCAUGUCAGGAGGAAGUGAAAACAGAAGCUGCAUUUCAGUGUGAUCAACUUAAGAGCUGUAAUAGUCCAUCUACCUAUUUUGAAGAAUCGGGACGAACUUCAGUAGCUGCCCCAGAAAGCCCAGUGCCAAGUGAUACUUCAGAUGUUUCCAUGCCUGAUUAUGGCCAGAUGCUACAAAACGUUGUGAACAUUGAUAUGAUAAGGGAAAAAGCUGCACUUCUACAGAUGAAAGGGAAGUAUGUCGUGAAUGAAAGCCAACUCCUCCAGUUGUUCGGGCGCAAGUGCCCGUUAUGUGGUUCUAAAGUAAAGGUGGAGAAGGUCACCUGUGGGGUGCUCCUCAUCUUGAACCAACAGUGCCUUCAGUGUGCGUACAGAAACCAGUGGAAAAGCCAAGUCAAUGCCAGCGUCCCAACAGCUGAAGAUCAACACCUGACAGGAGGUAUAGACGUGACUCUAGAGACCCAGACAGUGUCAACAGAUCACGACCACAGCACUAUCACACGUGUCUCUGAUGUUGCUGCUGCUACCAAUGAGGAGAGUGAUCCCAUGUGUGAAACGGAGGAGUCGGGUGAUGAAGGUGAUUCAGACGAAGAUUGGAAUCCAGUGGAGCUUUCAUCGGGUAACGAGCUUCUUAAUGAUGAAUCUGAUGAGGAGGAAAGCGAUUACGAAGGUGAUUAUUCUUACUUUGCCACCCAUCACAGGGAGCUCUGCGCAGAUUGCGGGAUGUUUUUCAGCAAACGGUGGCCUCACACGUGUGAGCACAAAAGUAAACCCUAUCCUUGCAACAUUUGUGGAAAAAGAUGUGUUAGUGAGGUCGCUCUCAACUCUCACAGCAGAAUCCAUGAUGCAAACUAUGAGCAUCAGUGUAAAUACUGCCACGUUACAUUCAAAACAAAGGUGGACAAAAUCACUCACCAGCAGAUCCAUCUAACUGAAGGAAAGCCCUACAAGUGUCCCGACUGUUCAGAGACAUUUGCCUCAAAUAAGGAUCGCAGAAUACACCUUGUGGAUCACAGAGGCCCCCAGCAGUUAAAAUGUGACAUCUGUGGGAUUGAAUUUAACCGCCAUGGGCCUCUCAAGAGACACUUAUCUGUGCACACGGGAGUGAAGCCGUUUAAAUGUUCGGUGUGCAAACGUGGCUUCAACCAGGCGAGCCACCUGAAAUCCCACAUGCGUCUGCACACAGGGGAGAGGCCCUACAAGUGUCAGCAUUGCGACAAAAGCUUCAACCACAACGUGAGCUUGAAGAGUCACGUCCAGCGCUACCACACACCGGGCUCUGGAUGUGCACGGAAGAAGGGUAAAAAAAAAAAAACUGUGGGCGACACCGUUGAUGCUCAGGAGAAUGAGAACCAGAAAGGGACAAACUCGGGGCAUGACAAUGUAGACGAAGAACAUGACGAGGAAGAGACGGUGCAAAAGGAGAGAACAAAUAUGCCAAAAAAGAAGAAAAGGAGGAGCACAGGUAGACCCAUAGGAAGGCCGAAGAGAAAUGCAGAAAGCCAGCGUUCAAAAACUAUGACUGCCAAAGUAAAGGGGCGCAAGUUAAAGAGAACACAUUACAGUGAUGAAGAAAGUGAGGAUGAGCCGACCGCAAGUGAAAUAUCUUUUGACCCAACAGAGGAGGAAGAGGAGAGGAGUGACAAAGCGACAUCGAACACAAGCAGAUCAAGAGGAAGGGCAAAAGUUUCUGACAUGGACUCUGAUUCUGACCCAAAAGACCCAAAGAAAAAGAGGUACAGCAGCCAGAGCAGUGAAAAGAGCUCAGAGACACGCAGGGGACGACCAAGACAGAAUCAAGUAGUUGAAGACAUUUGAAGAAGAUACUGAGUAGAGCAUUUAUUAUGAGUGUCAUAAAGAACUGGACCGUUUUCUGUGACAUAUUUGAUAUUGCACACUUAUCAAUUGUCUUUGUGUGUGACACAAUGUCCAGUUGAUUUCAAGAUACUUUUGAAUCAUGUUAACUGAUGUGUGUAGCAUGGGAAAACUGGGUAAAAUCAGAUUAAACUGGGUUGAUGUUAA